CAGAUGAAUGCUCUUCGCCUCUCAUGAACACCCAGAUCUUUAUGCAGUCUUCACAGAUCAGUGCGUUUUAGAAAUUUUAUCUGGAGCUUAAAACUGCUGGCAGAACAGGAGAAGUGCUUGAUCAUAGGCGUCUUCCUUUAGGAAGUACGGAAACAUCUUUGAUUUAAACAGAGCUAAAUAGUUUACUGAUAUUAGAAGUGUUUGGGGAGCCAAAUUCAGAAUAAUUUCCCAUAGCACAUAUAGAGCCAAAGUAUUCGUCAAUCUUUGCUUCGAAAGUAUUAACAAGUAUACUUGCUCGUGAAAGUAAUAUUGAAAAUUGGAUUCAAAACAUUCGUUACUGUCGAAUUCUUAGGCGUUGUGAUCAGCUGUCAUGGAUAACCAAUACGAUAUUGUUGUUUUAGGAACAGGUCUGAAGGAGUGUAUACUUAGCAGUCUAAUGUCGAUGGAUGGAAGGAAAGUUCUACAUAUUGACAGAAACAGUUAUUACGGUGGCGAUAUCACAUCCAUUACUCCUAUCGACUCACUGUUUCAGUUGUUUAAAGUCGAAACAGACACUUCGAAAUUUCAGCGUGGCAGAGACUGGAAUGUUGACUUAAUUUCAAAGUUUCUGAUGGCUAAUGGAAAAUUGGUUAAAAUCCUUGUUCAUACCGGUGUAACGCGAUACUUAGAGUUUAGAAGUGUAGAAGGAAGUCAUGUUUAUCACGCUGGUCGUGUCUACAAAGUACCAUGUAACGAAAGUGAAGCACUUAAUACAAAACUAAUGGAUCUUUUCAAAAAGCGUCGUUUCAGAAAGUUUUUGGUCUGGGUGAUGAACAUAGAUUUGGAUAAUCCGUGUACAUGGAACUGUGUUUAUUCGUCACCACUGGAUAUAAAAAAGGACUCCAUUUCUCACGCUUUUAAUAGUUUCAAUAUCGACAAAGACACUCAAAAUUUCAUAGGGCACGCAAUUUGUUUGUUCCAAGAUGAUUCAUACAAAGAAAGUGUCCCUGCUAUCGAGGUGAUAAGUCGCAUGCAGCUGUAUAGUCAAUCUGUUUGUCGAUUCGGUAAAUCACCAUAUCUUUACCCCUUGUAUGGACUGGGCGAACUUGCCCAAGCGUUUUCUCGCCUGUCUGCUGUAUAUGGUGGGACUUAUAUGCUUGAUAGACCUAUUGACGAAAUAGUGACAGAAAAGGGUAAAGUUGUAGGAGUCAAAUCAGGUAAUGAACUUUUCAAAUGUGGUAUGGUUAUUUGUGAUCCAAGUUAUGUGCCAACCAUGGUGAAAAAGGUUGAUCAAGUUGUUCGUGCUAUCUGCAUCCUGACACAUCCUAUUGCGGAAGUGCAGAACUCCCUGUCAACCCAAAUUAUUAUUCCUCAAAUCGAAGUUAAUCGCAAACAUGAUAUUUAUGUAUCGUGCGUAUCUCACCAACACAAUACAUGUCCUGAAAAUUUCUUUUUGGCGCAUGUGGCUACAAUCGUUGAAACAUCAUCCCCAGAGAAAGAGCUUGAACCUGGUCUAAAGCUUCUUGGAGACAUUGAACAAGUGUUUUAUUCUGUGCAGGAUCUUUUCGUGCCUACAGAUGAUGGUCGUGAAUCUCGGAUUUUCAUUUCGUCAAGUUAUGAUGCCUCUACACACUUUGAGUCUACUUGUGCUGAUGUUUUAGAUUUAUAUGAACGUAUAACUGGACAUCCGUUUGAUUUUAGUAAAAUAAAAAGGUAUGAAGAGGUGAAUGAAUAACUCGGUUUUUUGAAAAUCUAUUUUCAUGAUAAAAAUCUAAUUAUUCUGCUUCGAAACAUAGAUAUUUCUCUUUUUGUUGUUUGAAUAUUUAUUCAUCGUUAGUGGUCGGGUUUUAUGAUAUUUAUCCUUACAAUCGCUACUUUGAAUAUAUCUAUAUUUAUGCUUGACUUUUUUUGACUUGUUUAUCAGUGGCACAUUCACUAUAGCGAUACAUUCUUUUAGGUUAUUCAAACUGAUUUUAAUCAUAGCUAUUCAGUAUUUUGUACUUUUACAUUUCUCAUUUAACUUUCAGGUUGAGAUUUCAAUGUGAUAUGCUUAUUUUUUCAUAUAUCUUUCAAUGGUGUAACUUUUUGCUUUUAAUAUAUGGCGAAAACCUUUUACCUCAGUCGUUCCGUCUUUCUGAUCUGUUCUAUCUAUAUAUAUAUUUGUGUGGAAUAUAUUUGUUUUUCGUUUUAAUAAUCUUUUAAGUUAUCUAACUAUCUCAACGUUCCUCCGGUGUUCAAAUUCAAGCGUAUUAAUGAUUGUGUUUAUUAUGUUUCCAUCCAACGCAUUAAAAAUAUGAUUUCAUAUGAUUUCUCUAUUUAUCAUGUGAAUUUUUGCUUAAUACUAGUUUUGAGUUGAAUUUAAAUCAUCUGUGUUCUUUCUAUUCGGCCUAAUUUCACAAUCCUUUCUGUGAUAAUAAUGUGUGCGCAAUUAUGUUAUAAGUUAACAAUCUCCUAGUCAUGAUAUGUAUUCCUUUUGUUUUGUCACUCAGUUUUAACUGUUUAAACAAAUUCAGUUGUAACGCUGACAAUACAUGUGAUCUGUUGUAUGAAAUAGAUCUUAUCAUAGAUCCCGAUGGACAGUCCACGAUCUCAAUCAUUUAUUUGCUCGCUAAGCUGUAGAUCCUACAAGCCUAAUAACCAAAAGAUACAACUUUCAUCCCCAUCCCGUAGCAACAAAACCCUCUCUUAUAUUAAAAUUGUGCACAAAGCAAAUUUUCAUUUUGUCUUAACUCUCUCAAUGUGGUAGAUAUGUUAUACGUUGCUGUUGAUGAUGAUGAUGUUAUACCCUAAUAAAAUAAUCUGUCGGCAAGAGGCUAGGAGAAAGUGUACUAAAAUAUUGGAUCAGUUCAUGAAAUCAUUGAAUGCUAGAGUAGAUUAUGCUAAAAAUUUCAGACUUUCUGGUUAGGGGAAUCUGAAAUGAUUAAUGGAUACGUAUUUGCGUUCCACAAAUGCAAUAUUCGUUUAAUUUACU